AUGGAUUCCUUGGUUGCGGGGGGAGCCGCGGGUCUCGUGGUGGACCUCGUCCUUUACCCCAUCGACACGAUCAAAACACGCCUGCAGUCGAAGACUGGCUUUUCGCAGGCAGGUGGGUUUCGCGGGGUGUACAAAGGCCUUAGUGCUGUCGCCAUCGGGUCCGUGCCCGGUGGUGCCGCCUUCUUCGUUGGCUACGAUCUCACGAAGCGGGCACUUUUGGAGGACGAUGCGGCGAGCAGCCCCAGUACGCUGCGUCGACUGACAUCGCAGGCUGUGGCGGCGAUGGCGGGUGAGACCUCAGCGUGUCUCACACGCGUGCCUACCGAAAUGGUAAAGCAGCAACUCCAAGCGGGCCAUCACCAUAACAUCUACCUUGCACUGCUGCACAUAACGCAUAAUGUACCACCAGAUGCCACCUCCGUGGCCGCACCGAAAGGAAUACGUUGGCUCGGUCUCUCGCGGCUUUUCACGGGCAUGCCCAUAAUGUUGCUACGCGAACUGCCCUUUGCCGUGGUGCAAAUGUCUUGCUACGAGGGGCUUAAGGCAUCUCUUCACACCGAAGAGAGACCGCAGUAUUUGCCGCUGUGUGGGGCAUUGAGCGGGGGUACGGCGGCGUUUCUCACAACACCACUUGAUGUGUUGAAAACACGUAUUAUGCUUGGACAGGUGGGGAGUUCGAAGCUUGCGCCACUCGGUGGAAUUGCUGCGGUUCGUGCGGCAUUUCACGAGUUAUUGUGUGAGGCGCCGCGGGCAACCGACAAAUGGGGAGGGGCGCAACGUUUUUUUAGGGGAGUUGUCCCACGCGUGAUGUGGAUUUCGGUCGGCGGAAGCGUCUUUUUUACCACGUACGAAGCGGUGCGGCGUGGUUUCCUGUGGGCAGCGGCACCGUAG